UUCCUAUUUAUCUAUUUAUUUAUUAACCGCCCGUAAUGAUAAGAUGAAGGGGGAAUGAAUAGGCAGGCUUAGUGUAUCGAUGAUAACGUGUAAAAGUAGUAAAAGUGCACAUUUGUGCUGUUAUACGCAAAAAUGUAUUACUUGCCAACGUUCCGAUAACCAAAUCGGAAUGCGUCAGAUGCUUACACCAAAACGAAAUUUGUUGUUGCUGUGGCCAAUUUUGUCCGAACCAAAUUUGAGGUUGGGUUAAAAUAAAAUUAUUUAUAAAGAAAGCACAAGUUAAAUUACCCUGAUAUAGGUAUCAAGUUUAUGUUAAUGCAUCAAUAAGUCAUCUAUUUUUUUCCUUUUGCAAUUAAGGUUCGUUUUGUUGUAUAAAAAGCCGUUUACUUUUCAUUUCGUCAACGAAAAUGUUUUCGUUUUGAAAACGAAGAAAUCUUGCGGAAUGGGAAAAAGAGAGCCCCAAUUUAUGUGAUUUCAAAAGUAAAUCGGAAAACUUUUGUGAAAGUGAAAAACGGAGCCUGGCUGAAUAUCAAACACACCAAGUGAACAGUUAAAAAUGCAAGUGCAGCGGCCAGCAGCCCUAACUCGAGCGCAAUGUCGCGACCACCAGACCCAAAAUUGCUCACACAGUGCACUAUGGUCCAGAAUUCGUUUUUUUUGGCAUAAAAUCGAAAUUUUUAUGUGAAUGGAUUACGUUCUUUCUUACAAAUUAUCAAAGUAAAUUCAUCAUACAUAUUAAAAAUGAAAAAAAAAAAUUAUUUAGCUUCCCUGAAGCUUUUUGCGAGCUUUUGAAAGUGAACAAUCGAUCAGCUGAUUUUGGGAAAAAAAUUGGCGCCAAAUUACUUGUUUACAUUUUUACGUGACGAUCGAGUAAAUUUGCUCAAAUAAAUUCGGCUAAAAAUGGAAAAUGAAGAUAAAGGUAUGUAGUAUCUAAUGUAUUUAGUUAUUUUAUGUGUAGUCCCAAGAUUUAAGUGUUGUGCAAUGUCCAAUUUAUGUGUAUUUUUGUAGAAAAUUUAGCUGCGUCCCCUGUGUUUCGUAGAAUAUAACAAAUGAACUGAGUUCUGCUGAGAAAAACUAACUAUGAAAGUUCUAGUUUUUGCAUAGCGAUCUCAUCGAUAUUCGGCGCAACAAUCGACAAAAAAAAUCUGUCUCACAUUGGAUUUACAGUAAAAUCAAUAACAACCAUUUGGAAAAUGAAAAAAAAACAGAAAUAGAUCAAAAAAUCAGUAAUUUUGAAUCCUUCAUUAAAAGAAACCUUCUGAAGUGCAACAAAAUGAUGGAACGGUUUAUGACCACUCAUGCUAAAUGGAUGGCUUCUAAAAUAACUAUUAUUGUUGAUGAAAAUUGUAAGACACCAAAGAAAAUGGGACGUCCAACAUUACAUUAUACAAAUGCAGGGACAAGAUUAAAAAGGAAACUGGCGUCUGAUCUUGCAAAUGAUAAUAAUAAUAACACGAAUCUUUUUAUGCAUGCUGCGGCAGUUUCUGCUAAGAAAGAACGCAAGACCGACGUGGCUUUUGUCCUAACAAAAACAAUUAGAACACCUGAAUACCUGACUGAAUCGAAAAAGCUUCUUCAAUUGCAAAAGCCCAUUCCACUUUCACCAGAUGAAGCUUUAGCUUACCUCCUGGAAAAUUCACUCAACAAACAGCAGUAUACAAACACUAGGCUUUUAAAUAAAAGUCAUAACUGCGACAUUUAUCCUAGCUAUAAUCAAGUAAUGGAAGCUAAAUUACAGUGCCGACCAGAGUGCAUAGAAGUAAUGGAAACUACUGCUCUAGUGCCAUUACAAAAUCUUUUGGAUCAUACAGCACAUCGAAUAAUUAAAUUGCAGUCCGAUGUUUCAAGCAGUUCCCGGAUGCAUCUGAAAUCAAAUUAAUCUGCAGCUACGGAUUUGAUGGCUCAACGGGUCAUAGUAUAUACAAGCAGAAGUUUUUAACUGAAAUACCUGGCAGUCAGCUUUCAGAUCAUUCUUUAUUUGUAACUUCUGUUAUACCCAUACAAAUUACAGACACUUAUCAUCGGAACAUCUGGAUAAAUAGAACACCGCAGUCUAUUAGAUUUUGCAGACCGCUAAAAAUUGAUCUAGUAAAAGAAACUACUGCACACAUAAUUAUAGAAAAAAAGAUUUAGAUUUUCAAAUUAACACUCUUAAACCCUUUGUUUAUAAAUUAGUUGAGAAUGUUGACAUAGUAGUUACCUAUGAAAUGCAUAUGAGACUUAUAGAUGGAAAAGUGCUGAACGUAUUAACUGGAACUAAAUCUACUCAAUGUUGUCCAAUAUGUGGAGUCACCCCGACAAAAGUAUUGGAAAUUACAGAUUUUAGUUCAGAAACCUUUACCCCAAAGCUUGGAGCUUUGAAAUUUGGAGUAAGUCCAUUACAUGCUUGGAUCCGGUUUCUAGAAUUUGUCUUGAACAUAUCAUACAGAAUAGAGAUACAAAAAUGGCAUAUAAAAGGUGAUAAUAAGAUUAAAAUGAGCACUCGGAAAAAAUAUAUUCAGGAAAAGAUUUUGAAAGAUAUGGGUCUACGUAUAAGCAUGCCAAAACAGAAUGGCAACGGAAAUAGCAAUGAUGGGAAUACGGCAAGAAGAGCUUUUGCGAACACUAAGCUACUAUCAACCAUAACCAACUUUAGCGAAGCCCUUUUAAAUAAUUUUUACAUAAUCUUAAUCGCAAUUUCGUGUAACUAUUAUAUAAAUUCGGAAAAAUUUCGUUCUUUUUGGGAGAGUACUUUUUGCUUAUAUAUGCAAACAUAUCCGUGGUACCCAAUGUCCCCAACGAUUCAUAAAGUAUUAGUCCACGGUUUUCAAAUAAACAAUUCGACGUUGGUUCCACUUGGAUGUUUAGGAGAAAAUGCUUCAGAGGAACGGAAUAAAAUGUACAAAAAAGACAGAUUAUCACAUGCAAGGAAAAAUAGUCGGGUAAAUACUAUGACUGACAUUUUUUAUAGAGCGAUAGAUUCCUCGGAUCCAUUACUAUCGAGUGUCUGUUUAAAGGAGAGGGAAAGGAAAAACAAGAAAAAGCCUCUUUCCAAAGAAGUAUUAAGUCUUCUGGAAUUGUCCUCUACCGAAAGCAAAGAUUCAUGUGAAUACGAAAACGACUCGCAAUCUGAUUCUGAUUCUGAUUAUAAUAUAUACUACAUAGAACUAGAAGAAGAAGAUGAGGUCAUUUAAGAAAAAAAUUAGUGUGUAAUAAAUUUCCAUAGUUUAAAUAUAAAUAUAGAUAAUUUUAAAUAAGAUAUUAAAUAUAAUGAUUUAACAACAAAAUGUAAUAAAUUUGAAGUAUGUAAUUU